AAACCCGCAGAUGCAUCGAAUCGAUAAAAUUUGAAAGAUCAACAAAGAUCACGUGCUUCAAACGCUGAUGGAAAAAACUUAAUGCGGAGAAGUGAGUCCUUUUUAAAGGAAGGCCAGGACACGAUCAAAGGCCAAACGCUUUCGUUCCCGCGCUUCAUUCGAGUCUCGAAUGAGAACAGAUAACAAAAAAUAUGGCGGGCAGAGAAUUUUGCACAGUUUUUGCCAUUUUCGUCACCGCUUUUGUCCAGUUGCCCGCAAGUGUGUUUCUGGCACCACAAGCCGGCCAUUCCGAAUGCGGAUUUCUGCAUUGCAACAAGUGGAAGAAAGAUGCUUUGAAUGUUCACCUGGUGCCACUUUACAGACACCCGAACUUCCUAAAAACUGAACAUUCUCUCAAGGAUUAUCUGGAUUCAGGUCACCAGCAGAUCGUCGAAUCUUACAUCGCAGAGCUGGUAAAAGAUCCGACGAGAAGAUUUUUGGAAACUGAAUUGACGCUGUUUUCGAGAAGACUCAAAUCGUCCAACGAAAUUGACCAAGCGGCCGUGAAAACUCUCGUGGAAAACGGUCAACUGGAAUUCGGCACCGGAUCCUUGACCUCGUCUGACGAGGUCACUUCCACUUACAUUGACCUCUUGGACUCGCUGUCUUCGGGCCACAGGUUUUUGGAGAGUACUUUCGGGAAAUGCUCAGUGCCAAAAUCAGCUUGGCAACAAGAACAAUUCGGCCACUCUUCCGCCCAAGCCUCCAUUUUUGCCAAUUCUGGAUUCAAUGGAUUGUUCGUGUCCAACAUCAACCAGCGCGCGUACAACCGGAGAUACUUUCACAAGACCUUGGAAUCAUUGUGGCAAACUUCUCAACCAAUCGGAAAAACGUCUCAAAUAUUCACUUCGGUGCUUUUCGGAAAUGAUGGCUUCACUGAGGGGUUCUGCUUCGAUUUAUCCAAGUGCAACAACUCACUGGUGGACAACAAAAUCUACUCGGCGAUUGACCAACGAACCAGGGCGGAAAAGUUCAUUCAGUGGAUCCAGUUCCAGCGCAAUGCUUCACGCAGCGGCCACUUGCUGAUUCCUAUGGUAGCCGACUUCCACUUGAAGCCGGCCCAGGAAUGGUUCCAAGACAUCGAUUCAUUCAUCAAGUUGAUGAACUCCGCUACGGACGACAUGUACCUGCUCUACUCCACCCCGUCCUGCUACCUCAACGCCGUCCACGAAGACGACCUGAAAUGGCCCCAGAGUCCCAAGGACGACUUCGAAUUUUUGCCUCGCAGUAGCGAGGACGUUGGCAGAUACGUCACCAGGUCUAAACUCAAACGCACCCAUCGGGAAUUGAGCUCCAAACUACAGGCAGGAAAACAGUGGGCGGCCAUUUCCCGGUUCGACAGCUUGACAAAACAUCUCCAGUUUCUUCGCGACGCAGUUGCACUGAGUUUGCAGCACACGGUACUCACCGGGUCUUCGUCAAUUGAGGCAAUUGCGGGUUUCCAGCGGACCUUCGAGAACGCGGAUCGGGCCUUUGAUGACAUGUUUUCGUUUUCGGCCGACAGCGUGUUGGGAACGAGAACAGGAUCGUCCAGUACACACGUGUUCUGCGAACAAAAACUGACGGAGAUGAAAUGCCAACUCACAGAACAAAUCACAAGCGGAUAUUUCGUCGUCACUGUGUAUAAUCCGUCGCCGAGAUCACAGUCAUACCUCGUCACAUUCCCGACACCGAAAGGGAAGCCACAAAAUUACCUCGUCACUUCUCCAGAAGGCACGAAGUUGGCUGUCGACGUUGUACCGGAACCCUCACUCGGCGCCGGAACUGGGCAAUACAGGGCCAAUUUCAUGGCCGCUGAAUUGGCACCACUGUCUUUCACUAGUUUCCAUGUCAGCGUGUUGCCGGAAGAUGAGAACAAUAGGCCGAAACAAGAGCUGAGCGCCGAUGCAACCUCAGACCUCGUCUUUGAGAACCACUUUUACACACUGACAAUGGAUGCAUCGCGGGGAUCAAUUAAAUCAUUAGCGCGCAAGGACUCACCUCAUGUGAGGAUUCACCUUCGCCAAGACUUUUUGGUCUACACUCAGCAAAACAAUCCUCAGCUCUCCAAACACACCUUUUUGCCUGACAAUGAAAUCGCCAACCUUCUCAGCGACAGCACCAAGGUCACAUUCAUCAGAGGCGAUGUCCUGACUGAAAUCCGCAUACGUGCUGCUGACAAGGCCAUGCAUAUCUUGAGGCUUUUCCCAGGCAGUGAUGCCAUUGAAUCUCACUGGCUGUUGGAUACCACCAAGAUCAAAUUCACCACAGACCUGAAAAGCAAUUUCGCAUUCUACACUGAUUCGAAUGGAAAGCACAGUGUGAAGCGUAUCCUCAACUACCGGGGAUCCCACAAGAAUAUUUCCCGAUUCGGCGAAGACGUGUAUCCCGUCACAAGUUGGGCUUUCCUGCGAGAUGACCUGAUUUCAGGGCUACCCAGGCAAUUCACUGUCAUUACUGAUCGCACUCAAGCUGCUUCCAGUUUCCGUAAUGGAGAACUAGAAUUCAUGUUGUACUGGCCAAGAGACAAAGAAGAGAGUCCCACAGGCGACUCCCUUCUUCACGGAGUCCACAAGUUCGUGCUGGAUUCGGACGUAAAAUCGGAGUCUUCUUACAAAACAGAAGCGCUGUCGACCUCAAGGGCCCCGAUUCUUUCCUUCAGACCAGAAGAAAGCUCUGCCAGUGACUGGAUGGUCAGAGGAACAACAAAGAUGAGUUUGCUGAAAAAACCCUUGCCUGAAAACGUCGUCUUGACUUCGAUUGAACCCUGGGCGCAGGACUCGUUGCUGCUCCGUCUGGAACACCUUCUCGAAAACAAGCAAAACUCCGAUAAAUCCGGACAAACUGCGCAAGCACGAGUUGACAUCAUGGAAUUGAUUCAACCAGCACCGAAAAGUGUCAAAGAAACCUACUUGACCGGAACAUACUAUCGAGUUCCAGCCCUGACGUGGAAGCCAGAAACAGGGGAAGAAAUCCAACUACCGCCACAUGAGGAACACGAAAAUACAGGGAUCAUCACCCUCAAUCCUGGCGAAAUCCGCGCUUCGCCGUUCCCUUCUGAAGUAAAUUGCUCCGUCACUGGAAGGGAACUAGCGUCUUCGACCACCAACGACACCCAUGACACGUCUCCGCGCCCGCGCGGGCACCAUUUCAUGACCCCGGACCCUUAAGGUGGCAAGAUCGUCCUGGAAAUGUUCGACAAGUUCUCCCUCUUGAAAUCGGUCGUCACUACUCGCGGCGCUCGAACAGAUUCUCCCAUAUUCCGUUUGCAUUACGCGUUCACCGUUGCUGUGUUGUCUUGUGCGACUGUGUUGGUGUCCGGUACUCAAUGGGUUGGAAAAUCCAUCCAUUGUGCCUUCAACAAGCAGCUCUUCAGCGAGGACUACAUAGAAGCAAUUUGUUGGGUGAACGGGACGUAUUAUCAUCCGAAUGAUAAGAUCCCGAGCAGCACUCAGGUGGCUCCACACAUUCGACCUGGGCGUGGGUCAAUCGCCGAUGGAGACAUCAGAUACGUGCAGUAUUACCAAUGGGUGGCGUUUUGCUUGGUGUUUCAGGCAAUCUUGUUCUACAUUCCACGUUGGAUUUGGAAAGAGCUGGAAGGAGGAACGGUGGAGCGUUUGCUGAAGCAGCCCUCGACUGUGGCCCCUUACUUGUGCCAUAAUUCGAAAAGGAGCAACAGGUAUUUUGCCUGCUACAUGCUCGCUGAGGUCUUGGCCAUGGGUAACCUGAUCGGGCAAAUGUUCCUUCUUGACAAGUUUUUUGACGGCAUGUUCGUGGGAUACGGAGUUUCUGUUAUGCAAUUCGCGAAGGAGGAUUUCAGAGGAAGGAAUCCGAUGUUGGCUGUUUUUCCGAGAAUGACCAAGUGUUCCUUGAAGGCAUUUGCUUUGAACGGGAAUGUGGACACCAUUGAAGGACUUUGUAUCCUGCCUCUGAACAUCAUCAAUGAGAAGAUCUACUUGUUCCAGUGGUUCUGGUUUUUCCUGCUUUUUGUGCUGACUGCUGGACUCCUGCUCUACAGGCUGGUUCUGUUUGUCAGCCCCGGUCUGCAAAUCAGAGUCUUGGCGUGUCGAGUGGGGUUCACGGAGAGGAAGCGGCUGGUGCGAGUGUUCAAGCAGCUGUCGGUCGGCGACUGGUUCCUGCUCUACACCCUGGCUCCCCAUCUCAGCUUCACUUCUCUGUCCGACGUCCUGUACGAACUGGACGCCAGAAUCAACUCGAGUUCGACUGGGGAUCGUGACGUCAUCGGUAGUGAUGCCGGAGGAGCUGGAGACGAGCGGAAGAUGCGGUUGAAACUCCGUCCGCCGCCACCGCCGCCCAAACCGUUUUUCAAUCACUACCAGCAAGACGCCGGGAAGAUGAAGCUCAACAAGGAGGAAAUGGAGUUGGUGGAGUUUUCUGCUUGAUGACGAUGAUUCUUGGCGCGGUUUUUUUUUUUUUUUUUUCCUCGCACGUGUCUGAACUUGUUUGUUGUGCUGCGAAAAUCUUGCCUCUGAUCCGGACGAUAGUACGAAAAAAGUAGAAGAAUAUUGAGACGCUGCGAAAAUUAACAGAAUGAGAGAGAGAGAGACUUUUUGUUUCGGGUUCGAAGAAAUCUGACUGUGUGUAUCUUUUGUUCGAAAAAAAAAAUGCUCCUGUUCCGAAGAGAAUGAAAUACAAUACUGUACUUUGA